AUGGAUUUGCCCUCCGACAUUUGGUGCCAAAUAUGCGGCACGAGCACCAACAUUAGUCGCAUCCGUCAGUCCGACGAACCAUUCGAAGCGUCCUGGUGUGCCGCCGACCUGGAAUGGAGCGAUGACCUCCUGCACGCGACCUAUGCCCCAGCAAUUGCGGAUGAGGCAGAGGAGUGUCGUAAUUGUUUGGCGGCGACUGUUGAAGACGGUUUCUACAGUGACUCAGGGUCUUACUAUAGCGACGAUGGCAGCUGUGAAGUUGAACCGUUUGAGUACGCGAAGCCACCAGACUCUGAGAUCGAUAGCCUAGAUGGCGAGGAUGAAGAUUCCGGCCAGAACAUCCCAGCAGGUGAACCCAGGUACACGACGGACAGGCCCGACAAUGACCCUGUGAGGAGCCAGGACACAUAUCAUCGCGUUCUGUCGUCUUUGCUUGGUCCCACCGCUCGCAGGUCGGAAGCCUUGCGCCCGCUUACGAGUCCUGAACAACAAAGCCACGGGGAACACGAGCACAUCGCCGGUAAGGAUUGCCGUUCCAACAGGGGGUACAAUGGCCACCGAAUCUCUGCAGAAGAAAUGAAAGGAUGCACAACCGUUCAGUUCCUGGUCCCUAAGACCGCUUCUUGGCGACCCGAAGCAGACGACGAGGGCUUUGAGCGCCGCGGCGACUUCCACCUAAGCGGGCUCACGGACCACUUGCGGCGAAGAGACGCCCGUCUUGGUAGUGUGUUCCCACCGCGGCACGGGUGUCGAGCCCCAGAGGCGGAGAACUGCCUCUGGUGGCCCGGUCAGGCGGGCGCCGCCGCGAUGCCGUUUCACCCGUACUGCUUGGAGGUGUACAAGCGAGCGAGCUUGCUGCGCUGGGGUGCGGUAGACAUCCAGGCGCUGAUGGCGUGGUUUCGCCUCGACGGCAACCCCCUGCACUUUAUGGAGCAGUUUCCGCGCCAUGAGGCUGUUCAUCGGGGUAGGCAGAAGCAAUGGCGACAUAUUGCUGGGGACGAGUGGCUCGCGGCGAACCCUUGCUUUGUCCCGGAUCUGGAGCCCAUUCUAUCUUCCGUUCAGACCAGGUGCAGCGCUAGACUCGGCAUGCAGAGUGUUGAGAAUGAUGAGCCUCGGGUCGCCGAUUGCUUCGCUCCACUUCCUACGGAACUCCGAAUGGGAAUACUGUCACAUCUCAGUGGCAGAGACGUCGCGAGCACUUGCCUCGCUAGCAGAGCGUUCCGGCGGCUGCCGCAGACCUUCUUCCGCAAGCUGUUGCUGCGGGACAUGCCGUGGCUAUGGGAAGCCUGGUGUCCGCUGCCACUAUCUUUUUGGGCCACCACGACUCGCUCGGAGCUCGAGACCAGACACGAGAGUUGGGACAGGCAGCAGCGUGAUAUAGAAGAGUGGCAAAUCCCGGUCCUAGAGGAAGAAGGAGAUCAAAAUGGAGGAAACAAAGCGGCAAUAGCGGCGCUGCGAACGAGACUUGCUGCCAUCGAGGAAGAAAAGGCCGAGUUCCACCGCAGCAAGGGUACUUGUCUUUUGCCGAUGGACGAAACGGACUGGCUUCGACUUUACGUGGAGAUGGCCAGGCGAUGUGACUCGCUGAAGGGUAUUCGAAACAGGGCGAGGGUAUGGGCCGAUUGUGAGCACAUCCUGGCGAGGAUCGAGAUCCAUCGAGCGGAGGGGCGAACUGGUAGCGAAGGCGUCGUUGACCCGGACGAGAUUUGUCGUGCGUUCUUUCGCGCUUACCCGGAGCUGGCCAGGCCAAUUGUGCCUCGGAUUGGGUGA